AUGGGCGACAGCUCCUUCCAGGCCGAUAUGAGCCGUCAGGACCUCACCGAACUGCCGGAAUCGCUCUUCUCGCGCAACACGCUCCAAAUCCUCGACGUUCACGCCAACAAGCUGACCUCGCUCACGUCCGACGUUGUCAAGCUUACGAACCUGACGGUGCUGGUGGCGAGCCACAACCUGCUCACCAAGCUCCCCAAGAGCAUCGACAAGCUUUCCAAGCUGAUCAUCCUCGACGUCCAGAACAAUCGCCUCACCAAGCUGCCCAAGUCCAUCGCCAAGCUCAAGGCCGUCUCCAAGCUGUUCCUCAACAGCAACCGCCUCGCCCAAUUCCCGACUGCCGUCGUGGGCAUGCACGAGCUCCACACACUCAAUCUCUCCUACAACUUCAUCGCCAGCGUCCCUUCCGACCUGUGCCGUAUGCGCAGUCUCAAGAUGGUGCGACUCGCCGGCAACUUCAUUCGAACGCUGCCUCCCGAGUUCUGGGAGUUCGAGCAACUGGAGAAGGUGGAUGUCAGUAACAAUCUGCUCACGAACAUCCCCACGGAUCUGAGCCGACUCAAGAAUGUGAUCGAGCUCUGCAUUGGCUACAACAAGUUCACAAGCUUCCCCGAAGGGCUCACCACGCUGCCCAAGGUCGAGGUGCUGUCGGUCGAGUGCAACAACCUCACGGAGAUCCCCCAGUCCAUCACCAACCUCGCACCCAGUCUCAAGAAGCUCCACCUGAUGUCGAACCGCCUGGUGGAUCUUCCCGAUCACUUCCGAUUACUCAAGAACCUCGACGAACUCGACAUGCGCGGCAAUCCUCUCGGGCAGCUCGGCUUCGGCCAAGGUGAGUGGAAGAAGGUGCUCGUGGAGCUCACGUCCCUGAAGACGCUCCUCACGGGAGCGGCCCCCGGACAGAAGGCCAAGGUCCUCAUCAAACCCAAGGAAAACUAUGGCCACCUGGCGCCGGGCGGCGAAGAGGGGAAGGACGAGGAGCACUUCCAAAUUCCCAAUGGCUCCUUGGGCAGGCGAGCCCGAAUCAAGGGCGUCCAUUCAAACGGAAAUGGAAAUAUCGGAUUGCCGAGUGCGGCGCCUCCGGCCACGGAGGGCAACACGUUCGACAUGUUCCGAACGAUGGGGCACACGGAAACCGCCAAGGACGAGCUGCUCAAGCAGCUGGACGACGCGGCCAAGGGCCUGCAGCUGACGGAGCCGGGCAAGGAGAAGGUGGACCUGGAGUCGUCCGGUAGCGACGUCGCGUCGUCGACGAGGCUGUCCGUGGUGAGCGAAGACGGAGACGAGGAAGAGUUCCUUCGAGAGCUGGAGGACAACGAGGUGCUGCCUCGGGACAGCAGCCUGCUGAUCCAGGAGUACUGUGCCGUGGAGGACCUGAACAAACCCGGUCUACAGCGGGCCAAGAAGGACGCCAUACAACAAGAGGUGCUCCUCCCUCCCAUCACAGCUACGGACGCGCACUGCGAACAUGUGCCCCUGGGUGACAAGCCGGAGCACGCCCUGUUCUGCGUUUUUGAUGGUCACGGUGGCAAAGAGGCCUCCAACGCCGCUAUUGGCCUCAUGCCCCAGCAAAUCACGGCGCAUAUGAAGCGGCUCGGAGAGCCCCAGGAAGAUGCCACGGAGCUGCUGCACUUGGCGUUCAUGAGCGUGGACAACAAGAUGUCGCAGUUCGAGUACGAGGGCUGCACGGCCACCGUCGUGCUCGUCUGGCGGUACGGCAGCGAUCGAUACGUGCAGGCCGCCAACGCGGGCGACUCGUCGGCCUUCAUGAACUGCGGGAACAAGGUGGUGGCCUUGACGCGGGACCACAAGCUGGCCUACGAGGAGGAGCGGGAGCGCAUGACGAGGACGGGCGUGGACGUGAACGAAGGGCAGACGCGGAUAGGCGGCGGCAUCGCCAUCACGCGAGCGCUCGGCGAUCACUUUGCGAAGGACAACGAGUCGGGCAUGAUCGCCGUCCCCUACAUCUCGGAAGCCAUCAAGCUCACCCCCGACGAUACCCACCUUAUCCUCGCCUCGGACGGGUUAUGGGACGUGAUAUCGGGGAGGAGAGCGCUCGACCUGGUGCGAACGCGACCGGCGGCAGAGGCGGCGGCGCACCUGCUGAAGGUGGCGCUCCACAACAAAGAAUGUAAAGAUAACGUGACGGUGACGGUUGUUCGCCUCUGA